CCGUGGCCGCAGCACCGCCGUCGGAAAGGCCGCGGCCGGCACAGUGGCGCCCCCGGGGUCGCGGAAAUCCCCCGGGGAGCUUGCCAGGCCGCGGGUUAGGGGAAGUGCGUGCGGUUACCGCCGCGGAGUUCCCCCACGUCCUGCGAGGAAAGCACCGGCCGCGGCGGGCCGCACAGAUGGGGGCGGGCCGGCCUCCGAGACGCUAAAAGCCCCGCCGGCCUCCCGCCCGCACCGCAGAGCCCGGCGACCGGGGCCACCCGAGGACACGGCCGGCUUCAGCCGCGGGCGCGCUGGGCCUGGGGGCUGCAGGUUUUACAAAAGAGGCAAACUAUUCGACUUCUAGAUUUUUUCCAGUUUUUUCUAUAAAUCAGAACAUCUCAAAAUGGAGGCCUAAAACCCUUAAAAGGGACUUAGUCUAAUCUCCGGGAGGUAGUUUUGUGCAUGAAUAAACAAAUUCAAUAGUGAACUGGAGUUUUGGUAUCCAAAGAAUGUUAAUUUAAAAAACCUAGAUCAUAUGACUGAAUCUAGUCAUAUGAGUUGUAACUAUGAAGUGAUAAUAAUCUUGAUUUGAAUCUGACUUGUGACAUAAAGGAGAAGUGAGUCUCGCUGGAACAUACUGUUGAGCCACGGGCUGCAGUGCAGGAUAGAAAAAAGGAACUCGUGUUUGGUAAAGAUCUACAGAUGAGUUGCAGUUAGCUAGAACAAAGAGUAAAUUAGAGAAAUAUGCAGGAGAGACUUCUGACGGGUGGGAGUCAAGAACUCCAACGUCAAGAACAAGACCUCCCAAUACAACACACGGUGAGAGGGCAUGACACGUGAGCGGGGUCGACUGGUGAAGAAAUUACCUGACCAGGUACAUGACCGUCGAUAUGUUAGAAGUCCACAGUUUGGUUUGUUCAAAUGCGCUCUUGUCUGUGAGAAGGAUAGCAAUGGGAAUGACAGCUGGGUGGUGACAUGUUGGGAAAUGAACAGACUUAGCAGAGAAGAGGUACACAGAGACAGGGAUUGGCACCAGGAAGGUUUUUAUAACAACGUGUAAUGUUUUUGUCCAAUGAAAAGCAAACCAAAGUGAGGCACAGUAACUUAGCUUUGAGGGAAAUCAUCACCGGUAUGGAGAUGCAUUUCUCAUGCCAUCUGGACGUAAAGCAUUACAGUCUGCGUGGAAGCCCCAGCAUGAGUGCGCCAGGGGCCAGACCGCUGCUAGAAAACCCAUACAGCUUGUUUGCUGGUCCUUGCUAAUAUUCUGGAUGCAGACCCUAUUUACUGGUAGCUAGUCACAACUGAGACAUCCCAAAUUUUACGAAGGUCUUUGCUUGUCAAAAGGAGUAGACUGUGACAAAGUAAAUUUAUUAUUUUUUGUUAUAAAUUCUGGUUGAAGGUAUGCUUUCUGUAAAAUUAGUUCUGACCAAAGCCAAAUCUGUAUGAUUUGAUUAUCCAGCUUAGCCUACAAAUUCAGUGCUCUGACUUUUGAUUCUUUUAAAAAAUAAAUCCAUUAUCAGAAUAGAAGACCUGGUAUUGUCUCUCAGCAGCCUGAAGCUGAGCCCAAAAAGACCAACUAAGUGAAUACAUUCAUCUUGAUAAUUUAUUUGAAAUAAAAUGUUUAAUUUGCUAAGUUCUAGUGGAAUCACUAUGACUCAGCAACCAAGCUCCUGAUUAUGGGAAGUAAUUAUUAUUUAAUAAAUUUUGAAAUAGGCCUUAAGAUGCAUCAACCAAUUCCCUUCCUAUUUCAUCUCUUCAUUUAUAGGAAAAUUCUAGAUUGUUUUGUUUUCCCUAUUAAAAUUAUUAUAGGAAGAAAAAUUACUUAAUUUGUGCAAGAUUUGGGAUGUGCUAUAUUUCACUGCAUCUCAGAAGUCAUUGAUUGUAAGACACACCAUCACUUUAAAUACUUUUGGGAAAUACAGAUGCUGCUAAUUAAAAUAUGAUGUUAUUAGUUGUAAGAUACCUCUCAACAGAUACUUGAAAGAUGCCUCUUAAAAUCAGUAAAAUAGGGUUGUGCGUUCUUUUGAGGUAGGUCUUAUGCUUUUUCUUUUUUUCUGGCUACCAAAUCUCAUAAUUAAAAAAAGGCAAAACAAACCUAGUUUGAGUUUAGUUUCUGUAGAGCACUUACUGAGCAUAGCUUUCCCCAUGCAAACAAGCUAGUUGCAUAAGUCCCACGUUUCAUCUGCAGGCUGGCUGAAUGCCGCAGCACUGUGCCUGGGAGGGACCAGACGUGGAGUGGCCUCCGGUGACCCAAAGUGCUCUACGCUUUCACGGAGGGUUUUGAUUUUCUUCAUGAGGUGCUGUGUAUCACCAUGUUUACACUGUGUGUAUAAAGAUCAUGCAAAGGUGUGGGUGUACGUAAUUGUCCCUUAAAAUGUGUCCGUGUAGAACGCAGACUCUCAGCCAACACCCUAAAUGUGCAGAGGAAGAGAAUGACGAGAGACGUCCCGGUGUGGAUGCUCCACCGAGGAUUAAAACUAACCCAAAUCAAGAGCCGUGCACAAAACUACCUCCCCUGAGAAAGGCUAGUCCCUUUUCUUCCCCGUCCACUUCACUAUGAACAUUGUACAGAAUAGCCUGUUCUUGUCCAAUUUGCUGAAAAGCACCCCCGUGCUUGAGCUGAAAUACGACUUUUCAUGUGAACUCUAUAGAAUGUCUACAUACUCAACGUUCCCCGCCGGCGUCCCCGUCUCAGAGAGGAGUCUGGCCCGGGCGGGGUUUUACUACACUGGUGUGAACGACAAGGUCAAGUGCUUCUGCUGUGGCCUGAUGCUGGACAACUGGAAGCCUGGAGACAACCCUAUUGAAAAGCACAAACAGCUCUACCCCAGCUGUAGUUUUAUUCACAGUCUGGUUACUCUUACUAGCCGGGAUUCCACCUUUAAGAAUCCUUCUCCAACGAGGCACACUCUCACACAUUCAUUAUCUCCCACUUUGGAACACGGUGGCUCAUUCAGUGGUUCUCAUUCCAGCCUUGCACCAAACCCUGUUAAUCCUAGAGCAGUCGAAGACUUCUCCCCAUUGAGGACUAACCCCUACAGUUACGCGAUGAGUACUGAAGAAGCCAGGUUUCUCACUUACCACAUGUGGCCGUUAACCUUUUUGUCACCAUCAGACCUGGCGAGAGCUGGCUUUUAUUAUAUAGGACCCGGAGACAAGGUAGCCUGCUUUGCCUGCGGUGGGACCCUGAGUAACUGGGAACCAAAGGAUGAUGCGAUGUCGGAACACCGCAGACAUUUUCCCAACUGCCCAUUUUUGGAAAAUUCUCUGGAGACGCUGAGGUUUAGCAUUUCAAAUAUGAGCAUGCAGACACAUGCAGCUCGACUGAGGACAUUUAUGUACUGGCCGUCCAGUGUACCCGUUCGGCCUGAGCAGCUUGCAAGUGCUGGUUUCUAUUACGUGGGUCGCAAUGAUGAUGUCAAAUGCUUUUGUUGUGAUGGUGGCUUAAGGUGUUGGGAAUCUGGAGAUGACCCGUGGGUGGAGCACGCCAAGUGGUUUCCAAGGUGUGAGUUCUUGAUACGCAUGAAAGGGCAGGACUUUGUUGAUGAGAUUCAAGCUCGGUACCCUCACCUUCUUGAGCAGCUUUUGUCAACAUCAGAUACUUCUGGAGAUGAAAAUGCUGAUCCACCAAUUGUCCAUUUUGGCCCUGGAGAAAGUUCUUCAGAAGAUGCAGUCAUGAUGAACACCCCCGUGGUGAAGGCCGCCUUGGAGAUGGGCUUCAGUCGAAGUCUGGUGAGGCAGACGGUGCAGAGUAAGAUCCUGACCACUGGGGAGAAUUACAGAACCGUUAACGAUAUUGUGUUAGCGCUUCUUAAUGCUGAAGAUGAGACCCGAGAAGAAGAGAAGGAACAACAAACUGAAGAAAUGGCAUCAGAUGAUUUGUCAUUAAUUCGGAGGAAUAGAAUGGCUCUCUUUCAACAGUUGACUUGUGUGCUUCCUAUCCUGGAUAAUCUUUUAAAGGCCAAUGUAAUUAAUAAACAGGAACACGAUAUCAUUAAGCAAAAAACACAGAUACCUUUGCAAGCAAGAGAACUGAUUGAUACCGUUUUAGUUAAAGGAAACACUGCUGCCAACAUCUUCAAAAGUUGUUUAAAAGAAAUUGACUCUACCUUAUAUAAGAAGUUAUUUGUGGACAAGAACAUGAAGUAUAUUCCAACUGAAGAUGUUUCAGGUCUGUCGCUGGAAGAGCAGUUGAGGAGGCUGCAGGAAGAGAGGACGUGUAAAGUGUGCAUGGACAAAGAAGUUUCCAUAGUGUUCAUUCCGUGUGGCCACCUGGUCGUGUGCCAGGAAUGUGCCCCCUCUCUGAGAAAAUGCCCCAUCUGCAGGGGGGUAAUUAAGGGCACCGUUCGUACCUUUCUCUCAUAAAGGUCCUUAGCACAUUGUUGAACACGUGAAGCUGUCUGAAGUAUAAAAGAAUUAUUGGUUCUUUAAUUAGGACAUUUGUGUUGUAUUCUGCUUUGCUACUAGUGGUCUUGAUUCAGAACAUUAGUAUCCUGUGCCCUAAUCUUUGUUUAGGCAAAGGGGGGGUUUGUGUGUGAUGGGCUGUGUUAGUGUGCGUGUGCGAGUUCAGGGGAGGUUACGGGGGAGCCUCAGUGCCCUGAGGUGUCCUGUCGGAAGGGCCUGGGUUUGGUGUCCCUUCUGGAAGCUUUGAGCACGACCUGAGAGUGUGCAGUUGACAAGACUUGGACACCGGGCAGGACCACUGGAGUUUACCACAUUUACCGUGCCAAAUUCUCUUUGAUGUUUUUCCACUUGUGUUUUAAAAUAAGGACUUCUUUCUUACUGGUCAAUAAGCUUUUCCCUAAUUUGUGAGACCCUCUUAAUAAAAUUCUUUAAAAAGACUGCA